AUGGUCAAGAUUGCUAUUGCUGGGGCCUCAAGUGAACUUGCUCGAGAGAUUCUCGACAAGCUUGUAACUACCGAGAAACAUGAUAUCAAAGCUCUUAUUAGAAAGAACCCUUCCGAAUUCCCUCAGCUCAAGGGCGUUGAGUGGAUCCAAACUGAUUUCUCAGACAAGGUGGAAUUGGUGAACAUACUUGAGGGUGUGCACACUGUUCUUUGCUUUUUUGCUGUGCACCUUGAUCCUGGCUCCGAGAACCAGAAGCGUCUCAUUGACGCGGCUAUCGAGGCGGGCGUCAAACGAUUCGCCCCCUCUGAGUGGGGGCCAGGUGUCAAGUUGGCAGAGUCACUCGACGCACUGUCUUGGUACAGUGGUAAGAUUGAGGUUGCAAAGUACCUGGAGGAUAUCAAUGCGAAAGAAAAGAUUCUUGAAUAUUGCCGCUUCCAACCUGGUGGAUUUAUGGAUUAUUUCUGUCAUCCUCAUCAGACAUCCAAGUACCUCACCACAACGAAAGUCAACAUUGAUUACGAAAACCGAAACGCAAUGGUGGUCGAGGGUACACUAGACGAUCAAAUUGUGUACACUUGCGUCGAAGACAUCGCCAAUGUGGUUACAUCGGCUGUAGACUACACUGGCAAAUGGCCAGUCAUUGGGGGUAUUUGUGGUGACCGAGUUACCAUUCGUCAGCUUCUGGAGAUUGGAGAAAGGGUGCUAGGACACCAGUUCACUAUCGAAUGGCUCAAAAUGGAAGACGUCACUGCGGGAGAGCUCAAAACGGACAACUAUCCUCGCAUUGACCUACCUUCUAUACCAAAGGACCAAGUCGAGACGUUCUCCAAGAUGGCUAUUGUUGGUAUCUUGAAUGCAUAUCAUCGCGGAGUCUUUAAUGUCUCAGAUGAAUGGAAUCAACUGCUGCCAGACCUCAAGUUUACCAAGGUUGAUGAACUCCUGGAGCGGGUUUGGGGUGGCAAAAUCGGCCAAGACUGA